CGUAAGGUAGCGCUGACUUUCCCAGACACCUCCGUGUAUUUACCAUAAAGUGUGCAAUACGGGCGCACUUGAAAGGUUGGAGCGGCUGCCUUGACUCCGCAAACACGACAGACGGCUGCUUUGACCGCAGUAACGAGGGUGCGUGAGAAAUAUGAGCCGCUGGCAUCAUUCGCCAGAGAUUCGCCUGCCGCCGCCGCCGCUGCCGCUCUGUCCGCGGAGCGCGUCGUGAGGUGUGGCUCGGAAACUCUACGGGGAAGCUGUCAGCCGAGACGACACGCCGAAGAGGAGCCGGGCUGCUGGAAGACAUGUCCACCUCUGUUAGGCCCCAGGGCGGCCCUCGCCCACCCGCCGUGCCGCCGCCAUACAUGUCGGAUCUGCCGGACCUGUCGGAUCCGCCGGACCUCAGCCACCUCACUGAGGAGGAGAGGAAGAUUAUUCUGGCAGUGAUGGACAGGCAGAAGGAAGAAGAGGAGAAAGAACAAGCAAUGUUAAAAACACUGCACCAGCAGUUUGAGAGCUACAAACAGGAGGUACGUCGCAUCGGGGCUGAGAUACGGCAGCAGCCGACUCAUCAGAAGGACGACACGCCCACCUGUGGCAUCUGCCGCAAGACCAAGUUUGCUGAUGGCUGCGGCCACCACUGCUCCUAUUGUCAGAUCAAAUUCUGUGCUCGCUGUGGAGGACGGGUCUCUUUGCGGUCCAAUAAUGUAAUGUGCGUAUGCAACCUGUGCCGUAAGCAGCAGGAGAUUCUCACCAAAUCAGGAGAAUGGUUUUCAGAGUCAGGGGUGCGGCCUGGAAUGAUGGACACCUCCUUGAAUGACCCAGCUAUAAGAGAUAAAAACCAACAGGACAAGAAACUACUGCGCUCCAGGUCCGUAGCCCCAGCCUCUAAUGCCUCCAUAGGACUAGAGAGGAAGCAGCUGUCCACUGGUGACACUGCUGUCAAGGGUGCUGACACCAUGCCAGGCUCUCGCUCUCAAAGUGAACCACCCAGAGAAAAGAAAAGACCAGUUUCCCUCCAUGAACAAAAUGGCAAGGGAGGCAUGGGGUGUGGUGGUAGCUGGAAAGCUACUGGGAAGUUACAAUUUCAGUCAUCCUUGGAUGAGCGGGUGCGCCCUGGUGACAGAGGUGAGAGACAGCUGGGAGACAGACGGAGGUUGGAGAAGAUCCAUUCUCAGGAAUAUAAGGACGGGGCGGAUAACUUAGGUGGUUUAGAAACACAUAAAAGACGUCCAGAGAAUGAAGAACAGAGAGAACGGAAGCGUUGUGAGAAGGACUUCCAGAAUCGUUAUCGUAGUGACCCCAAUCUGGCCCGUUACCCAGUGAAACCUCAGCGGGAAGAGCGAGAGAUGCGCAUGCAUGCUAAGGUUUCAAAGGUACGCCAUGAACGACGACACAGUGAUCUGGCAAUCAAUGAGGUUGGUCUGGGACCAGGUGGAGGAGCCAAUGCAAGUGAGGUGCCUGAAAAUCUUUUAGUAAAGUUGUCCGGUGGUGGGAGGGGAGACUCCAACAUACUGGAUAACCACUGUGCCUACUCUGUAGACAGGACUGUGGGUGUCGGAGCAGGGCCUCCACCUAGUGAAGGUGGAUUGAAAUUAGGACCCCAACCAGUGGGACCUGUCCAACCAAGUACAACAUGGACACAAAGAGAAAUAGACAAGGAUAGCCCGGUAAAGAAAGACUCCCAGUCAGAGUCUUUGCUGCCUUCUCAAUCAUGCAAAAGCAGGUGCGGAGUCAACAAGAGGCAGAUGUCCAUUAGUAGCUCGGAGGAGGAGGAGGAGGGAGGCUCCACGCCUGAGUACACCAGCUGUGAGGACCUAGACAUGGAAAACAUCAGCAAAAAGGGUGACUGGGACUGUCACCCAUUGGAUCCUACUGUGUGGCACCAUCCAGUCACAUGGCAGCCUGCUAAGGAAGGUGACCACCUGAUUGGUCGCAUCAUACUAAGUAAGCGGUCAGCCGUGCUUCGUGAGAAUGGUUCCCUCCUUGGCCUAAAAGUGGUAGGAGGGAAGAUGACAAACACAGGGAGACUUGGGGCGUUCAUCACCAAAGUCAAGAAAGGCAGUCUGGCAGAUGUGGUGGGACAUCUACGAGCAGGUGACGAGGUGCUGCAGUGGAAUGGGAAGUCAUUGCCAGGAGCAACCAAGAAAGAAGUGUACAACAUUAUCCUUGAAUCAAAGGCCAACCUUAAAGUAGAAAUAGUUGUUUCAAGACCUAUAGGAGACACUUCUAGAAUCCCACAGUCCUCCCACCCUUCUUUAGAAUCUACAGGCUCCAGCUCCUUUGAGUCACAAAAGUUGGACCGUCCCUCUAUAUCAGUGAUGUCCCCUACAAGUCCUGGGACCCUCAGAGACCUUCCCCUGGUUCUGCCUGGACAGCUCUCUAUUAAGCUGUGGUAUGACAAAGUGGGUCAUCAGUUGAUUGUCAAUAUCCUUCAAGCCAGGGACCUGCCAACUCGACCAGAUGGUCGACCUCAGAACCCCUAUGUCAAAAUGUACUUUCUACCAGACAGGAGUGACAAGAGUAAACGUCGGACUAAAACUGUGAAGAAGAGUGCUGAGCCCAAGUGGAACCAGACAUUCAUAUACUCCCAUGUUCACCGACGGGACUUCAGAGAACGCAUGCUGGAGAUCACUGUCUGGGACCAGCCCAGAGUGCAGGAGGAGGAGAGUGAAUUCCUGGGUGAGAUUUUGAUAGAGUUAGAGACGGCCUUGCUGGAUGACAUACCUCGCUGGUUCAAACUCCAGGCCCAUGACAUGUCCUCCAUACCUCUACCCGAGCCAUCUCCGUACCUUCCACGCCGACACAGGCAUGAAGACAGCCCCAGCAAGAAGCUGCAGAAGCAUAACUCCAGGGAGAAAGAGCACAGCAGUGUGCUGGAUGUCCCUGAGCAGCAGCGACCAAUCCAACACCGCUCCCGCUCGGUGUCUCCUAACAGACAGGACUCCUGCAGGGCCCGAUUACGGCCUGUACGAGUGCCCAUGCAAAGGAGUCUGGAUGAGAUGCGCCAGAACAGCCAGCCCUACCCCCACGACCACAACAACCACUCGGAGGACCAACGUUCCGGUGACUCAGAUUAUGAGUACUCUGAGGACAGUGAAGUCCCGGAGAUGCAGCGGUCUAUUCGGGGAGGGAGUGCAGAGUGCCUGCAUACAAACAGGUACAUAAGUAGACUCAGCAAUACACUCCCCCCCAAAAUGCCCCUGUUAGUAAAUGGUAUCCAUAAAGACAUUUACAGUGACCUGCUGCCGUCCCUGGACAGAGUGAGGAGUGCCAGCACCACUUGUCUGAGACCAGACACCUACUUUCACUCACCUGGCAGAGACAGAGCACAAGCUCAUGGUCCAACUAGGACAUCAUCAGGUCACAGGGGCAGGCGAUUGCCGCAGCUCCCUUCAAAGAGCAGCAGCAUUGAGCAAGCCCUUGCAGCAGGGGAGCAAGCCUGCCACCUACACAUGAAAGUACAUUCCUAUUGGCCUUCAGCCUCCCACAGCCCGGACACAGCCCUCAAGACCAAACAAGAGAUGUAUGCAGAACGGAGGCAUUGCAGCGAAAACAUCUCAGCAAGAUCCUCAGACAGUGAUAUGAGCGAUGUCUCUGCCCUCUCUCAUGCAAGCAGUGCCUCUGGCCUCAGUAGCACCAGCUACAUGUCUAUCCAAUCAGAAAGACAUGCUGGACGCCUCGGAUCCUCGUCAUUAGAGGAGGAGAAAAAGGAGAGGAGGAUGUCAUGGGGGUUGGACGUGGGCAAGAGGGUAUCAGGACUCUCUGCUGAGUUGAAGCGCAGGAGACACACUGUAACAGGAGAUACCAGGGUGUCCAGCCGACAUAUGAGGUCGUCGAUGGGCCGCUGCCUGCUGAAGAGCUCCAGUGUAAGUGGAGAGAUUUACACCCAGGAAUGCAACGAUGGCAGCCAGUCAGACACAGCGCUUGGCUUGGUAGGUGGAGGCAGCAAGAAGAGACGGUCCAGCCUCAGCGCUCGCAUGGUGGCCAUAGUCGGCAACCGCCGCAGCCGUAGCACUUCACAGAUCAGUGGACCCGAAUGGAAGAGUAAAAAAGAGAAGGAUGCACCCAUUCAGAGGAGCACAGAGACUGGAAUGGCAGUCGAGUUGACCAGGAACACGAGCGUCCAGCCCAGUAGAGAGUCCAACAAUGGCAGCAUGAACAGUUACAGUUCUGAGGGAAAUUUGAUCUUCUCUGGAGUUAAUAUUGGCGCCAGCAACCAGUUCAGUGACUUCCUGGAUGGUUUGGGUCCAGCUCAGUUAGUGGGCAGGCAAACACUCGCUACUCCUGCCAUAGGUGACAUCCAAAUUGGUAUGAUGGAGAAAAGGGGCCAGCUGGAGGUAGAAGUCAUCAGGGCUCGAGGACUUGUACAAAAGCCAGGAUCCAAGUCACUCCCUGCUCCAUAUGUCAAGGUCUACCUGCUGAAUAAUGGAAAAUAUGUAGCCAAAAAGAAAACCAAGAUUGCACGGAAAACACUUGACCCACUGUACCAGCAAGCACUGCUAUUUGAGGAAAGCCCACAGGGUAAAGUGUUACAGGUGAUUGUAUGGGGAGACUACGGCCGCAUGGACCAUAAAAGCUUCAUGGGAGUUGCACAAAUCCUGUUGGAGGAACUGGAUUUAUCGAGCACAGUCAUUGGUUGGUACAAGUUAUUCCCACCAUCGUCCUUGGUGGACCCAACCCUUGCCUCACUUACACGACGAACUUCUCAGUCAUCACUUGAUAGUACUGCUGGACCUGCGGGGGUGCGAUCUUAGUGUCUACAGGUGCACGCUGCUCAGUGAGCUAACAAACUCAAACACGGUACAAUGGAGAGAGAGAGAAAGAGAGGCAAAAAUAUCAGCAGAAAUGUAGAACAAAAACAAUCAGAAAUACAACUAGAAAGCAUUGCUGAGAUCUGACAAUCACUCCUACUGUGGUGAAUUUUGUCUGUUGUAGAGAGCACGAUAAUUUUAAUUUUAGUUUCAUAUUGAUUUCAUGAAAAAUCUUACAGGUUUUUCUCUGUGUAUGGUGAAGAAGCAGGACUGCUGACAGAUGACAAGAGAUCAAACAUGUCAGAGAAUCAAAGGGAGGCAGGGUGGUUUUUAAUUGAAUCAACAAAAACAAGGACAUUUAUUUAAGCUUCAGAAUGUAUGGACUCAAAAAUGAGAAAGUCAACCUCCACACCUGCGGGGGGCACCUUCCGCUCUACAGUGUCCUCUAGUAUCCCAACAGAGAGACUUGACACUCCCCAGGCAAGUUGCUCCCAUGACACUCUGUUUUCUAUGUAUUUAUGCCGUGUUUCCACUACAUGUUCCCCGCUCGCCUCGACUCGGUUUGGUUGUGUUUCCAUUACAAUAUAGUACCUCCUCAACGUGGGCGGAGU